AUGCAGCUGCGAUUCGCAUGCGGCACGAUUCUCGCCUCUUUGGCUGCUGGCGUCCUCGUGAAGGAGCAUGUUCCGGGACACCACAUUGCUGCCUUUCACAGCUUCAUUGACCAGCAUGGGCGCCACUACAAGAAAGGUACCCAUGAGUAUUUCAAGCGCCUCACGCUCUUCUCCGAGCGCCUCCAGAAAGCCGAGGUCAUCAACUCCCGACCAGGCCACCUGUGGAUUGCGGGCGUGGGACCUCUGUCAGACCUGACGCCGGAGGAGCUGAGUCAGAAGAAGGGCUGGGCUGGCUUCGCCAGUCGUAAGAGCCCAAAAGCCCUGAGGACGCAGAUGUCUCUUCUCCAGUCUGAGUCGGAUCUUCCCGAAGAGUGCAACAAGUGGGCCAACCUGACCAUGCUGCAGGCCAAAGACCAAGGUGGCUGUGGAUCCUGCUGGGCGGUAACCUCGGCCACAGUGCUCGAGGCGCACCGGGAGAUCUAUCUCGGAAAGCAGGAGCAACUCUCCGCCCAGCAACUGGUGAACUGUGUGGAGAAUCCUCGGAACUGUGGCGGUACCGGUGGUUGUGCUGGAGCUACCGUGGAGCUCGCGAUGGCCUACGUCGUCCAGAAUGGGCUGGCGUCCGAGGCGCAAGUUCCAUACCAAGGAGCUGAUCACGAGUGCCAAACUGGAGCCGUGGCAGCUCUGCAGCUGGCGGGAUCUGAUGAUCUUGCAGCAUCCGGUGUUCGCAAAGCCAAAGCCAGUUCUGUCGGACUGCAGUCUCUGGGAAUCCACGGUUGGGAGAAAUUGCCGGAGAACAAGUAUCUGCCAUUGAUGCGGGCCGUCGUGCAACAUGGCCCUGUUGCGGUCUCUGUCAGUGCAGAUUCAUGGGACUUGUAUCUCAAGGGCAUCUUCGACUACUGCAGCAAAGACGUGAUCAUCGAUCAUGCUGUCACCCUCACCGGCUACGGAAAGGACGUCGAGCUGGGAAAGAAGUAUUGGAGGAUUCUCAAUUCCUGGGGCAAGAACUUCGGUGAGGAUGGCACCAUCCGCCUGCUUCGCACUGAUCAGGAGGAUUGCCUUGAUAUGCAGCGUGUCACGGAGGGUGCGAGAGGGCCGUGUCCGUGGAAGGAGAGCUGGUGUGGAAUAGACAGCCAGCCGGAGCUGGGAACAGGCUGCGACGGUGGUCCCACGCAGGUGACGGUUUGUGGCAUGUGCUGGGCUGAGCGGCUGAGGGUAGGUGCGGCAUUCUCUACGAUACCGCGACACCAAUCUUCCACCAUGCGUAGGACUUUCGCAGCUUCGCAGUGGCACGCGCCCGAAGAGUGUGAGAAAGCAGCGACCGUCUGUAGAAGCUACGGCACUUCGAGGUCAAGGGCUUCCAAGGUGUCGGACGCUGUGCCGUCACAGGCAUUUAGUAUGUGGCCUCUGCUUCUGGGAGGCCUAGGUUUGGGCGCCCUGGCUGCUCGGCAGGGUCUAAGGGCCGUAAGGGCCUCUGGGGUCAAGGUGAACUUCAAUAUGCCAGCCUUUGGCGGCUUCGGAGCUUUCAGCAGUGGCAUGCAGGGCUUCGAGGCACCGAUGACUCGCGCAGAGGCACGGCAGAUUCUGAAUCUGUCCUCCAUGGCCCCAAGCAAGGAUGCGGUGCGAGAAGCACACAGGAGGCUGCUGAUCGCAAACCAUCCGGACAAGGGUGGAUCCACAUACAUCGCCUCCAAGAUCAAUGAGGCCAAAGAAGUGAUGUUGGGAAAGAAAGCGACGUGA